AUGGUUGCUGUAACGAAGAAUGGUUCAAAAGCUGAUAUUGGUGGUGUAGUUGAUACUAUCAACAAGAGAGUCUCUGGCAAGAAUUGGAAGAUCCAAAAGACAGCAACUGCUCGUAAUCAACAACCUAAACAACUUCGCAAGAACUGGGAUCAACGUUCAAAGGAACGUGCAAGAAACGAUGCCACCAAGUCUUUGGAAAAGCAAUUGAAGGCUGAGAAGCAAGCUGAGAAAGAUGCUAAACGUGCCGUCAGUUUGGAGCGUAAAAAGCUGCGAGAGGAGCAAGAGAGAAUGGAGGCAUUGGCAGCCAAGAUGUCAGCCAAGCGUCUCGAGAGAUUGAAGAGAAGAGAAGCCAGAAAGAAGGCCCGAGUUUAG